GGCAGAACGUCACGGAUCUCGUGGCUGAUGUACCGAAAUUUGACGCUCAUGUCAUUCUUUUCCGUACACCUCGCGCACCUAAAUAAACGUAAAAUAUUUAUUAACUUGUAAUAUGAAGUCAAUUGUGUGCGGAAGCAUUUAUUGAUGUAUGACUAGAUUGCAAUACUCGUCAACAAUGAACGAAGAAACGAACGUGGAUGUGUCUUAUCUGAGUUGUGACAUAAAUGGCACAAGAUACAUUUAUAAAAUCGCGGCAGAUCCGUUGGACGUUGCGAAAGAUGCAACGUCCAGUGAGGAGCAAAAUACGAUCGAUGUCGUGAAGGAACCUGAGCUGGAGAAGGAGGAAGAGCCAAUUUCUGUGGUUUGCUUGAAUGGACAGAUGUAUGUGUUCCAAAACGGAGUGCUUCAAGAAUUGGAUACCACUCAGCCUAUGGAGCAGAUGGAUUGUCACGACAAAACCCUGCUGGUGUCAAAAGAUGUGGAAAACUGUGAGAAUGAGUAUAUCGCUAAUGGGAACAUAGUAGUUGAAAACGCAGCGUAUGAACCAUCUGAGGAACAAUACGAAGUUGUUACAGGAGAGGGAGAGAAAAAUCUCGCUAUAGAGGAUAAUACAGAUAAUAUUAACACGGAUGAUUUUAUAGAAAUUAUAACUGCUCUUAAAUGCAAGCUGUGUACUUACAUAACUCAAGAUAAGCUACAACUGCUGGAGCACAUUCAAGAGAUACAUUUGAACGCUACUAUAAAUGCUGAGCCAAAAGAAGACUCGAAGAAUGUGGAUGAAGUAAAGAUAGUUUAUAUGUGCGCGGAAUGUUCCAACUGUUUCCCUUCGUUUGCAAGCUGCAGAGAACAUAUGAUUAACGAUCAUCACUUGACGGACAUUGGGAGCGAUGAAGCUGGAAAAGAAAAUUUGACCGAUGACUCGGCGAAUCCUGAUUUGAUGACCGAACAUGCGGACCAGCACGUCGAAAGCAGCGAAACUGAAAGAUCGGUGAAAAUUUCGAAAACUUUAAGUUCGGAAUACAUGCGCAACAAGAAAAUGAUAGAGUUAACUGAAAGGAACGUCAAGUGUUCGCAUCAAGGCUGUCCGUACAAAUUUGCCACGGAGGAAAUAAUGCAGCAACAUAUCCUUUGCCAUACGGAAUCUGAGACUGCGACGACAUUCAAGUGUAACGUGUGCCGCGAUAUGAAAUUCACGAAAUGGCGGCAAUGCAGCUUACACUUGUGGAAGAAACAUGAGAUUGACGUAGGUUUGUUUACCUGUAAGAUAUGCCAAGCGUAUAAGAGCGCGACUAUGGUGAAACUGUUGACACACAUGCGGGUGCAUAGUGAAACUCGCGAAUACGAGUGUCCCGAGUGUGGAAAAUGCUUCAAACAAGCCAGCCAACUACGUAAUCAUCGCGUGAUGCAUUUAGAUCGCAAAGCGUUGGAAGUGACCAGGUGGUACACCUCGAAGAAGUGCGAGAUGUGCGGUAAAACUUAUGCAAACUCGAAAUGUUUGAAGAAUCACGUUCAAGCUGUGCAUUCAAAGUUACGUCCGUACGUCUGCAACGUUUGCGGUCACGCGAGCGCGAGGAAGGCGAUGCUGCAGAUGCAUUUGCGUCAGCAUACAGGAGACAAACCUUUCAGUUGUGAGAUCUGCAAGUACAAAACCGGAGACCACAAUACUUUACGACGACACAUUAUGCAGCAUACGGGCUUCCGACCGUACAAGUGUCCACAUUGUUCGUACACCGCGAUACAGAGCAGUAGCUAUAAAAAUCAUUUGAAAUCAAGGCAUCCUCUGUUAUCUGGUUUAUUUACAUGCGACCUAUGUUCUUUUAAAACGGUGAAGAAUGAAAGCUAUAUUCAGCAUGUGAGAGAUCACGAAAAAGGUUUAAUCAAAUCGAGUGUGCAGAAAAAAGAUAAUGAGAAUGUCGAAGUGUUUCCCGGCAACAUUGCGGCAGCGCAAUUAGUUUAUAGUUGUCUAGGUGCCUUUUCGAAAGACGGGGAUACGUUAGAAGCGAAUUUGAUGUCUUCCUCAACAUCGGCCGAUGGUACAUCGCAAACGAUCACGAUACAGAUACCAUCGAAACACCUCGAGGUUUCUCUACCAACGAAGGAGUGUCUGAACAACAAGAGUAAUUCUACGAUCGAGCAAGAGGACGACGAAACGAUGCAUUGCUUUUUGAAGAUUCCUAGAGAAGAAGAGGAAAGCAUAGACACUGGCGGUAUAACGAUACCUGCAGAGCCUGAGGAAACGAGUGUGAUAACCAGUGAUAUCGAAGAAACAAAUGUCACAACCAUUGACAUCGAUUCAUGAAUAUGCACAAACUUUCUAUGUAAUAAUAAAAUGAUCUUCAAAGCAAAUUGAAGUUUAUACGAAUGAAGAGAUACUAGUCACUUAGUAAUUACAGUUUUUCUUAACACACGCGAGACGCGAGAUGAUGCGUAGAGUUAAUGUUAAACGAAAAUUCUUAAUGUGAUACCGUUUUCGGAUUCAUGCUAAUCCAAUUGUAAAUAUGUCCAUUAUUUCUUUAGCUAUACGCACAAAGCAGGUUAUAUAUAUAUAUACAAUAUAUAUUUAUAUCGUUAUUCUCUCGCUAGUUCAGACUGUAAUUUACUUCAACAAUCUGGUUACUCUGAACAAGUAUUACAAAUUAAUAGUUAUGUAUAAAAAUCAAGUAAUUUUUAUAUUAUACUUUCGUUUGUAAAUUUAUGAAAUAAAAUAAUAAAGUUUCACAAGGUGUAUAAUGUAGUAUCGCUAAAUGCUCAUUUCUGCAAAUAUUUUUAUUAAUCAUUAAAAUUACAUUACAGAAAUAUACAUUAAAAAUGUAAACUGAUCACUGAGCUUGUAAAAGAUGUGUAAAUCACUGCCUGUGAUUUACACAUUUUAAUAGAAUUAAAAUACUGUUUUCAAAAACAAA